AUGAAGGUCUCAGUGCUAUGCAGUGCAACGCUCUUCUCAUCGGCGGCCUUUGCCUUUCCUGCGAGCAUGCUCAAAGGCGACAUCAGCAAAACCACCCUUGGGGAAAUCACCAGUCUCGCCGAGAGCAUCUCAAGAGAUUUAGAGAGCAAGCGAUCGGGUGCCUAUGUUGGACGUGCAUUCAAUGCAGAAGCUCAGCGCAUCAGUACCAGUGGUGACCAUAGAUACAUUGCGCCAGGCCCCAAUGAUCUUCGUGGACCUUGUCCUGGUAUCAAUGUCAUGGCAAACCACGGUUACCUUCCCCAAAAUGGUAUCUCCACAGUCACACAAAUGACUACGGCCGCCAAUGAGGUAUUUGGUAUGGGCUUGGAUCUAUCCGCAUUUCUGGCAGUCUACUCCGCCAUCAUGGCAGGUGAUCUCACCUCUUUUUCGAUUGGUGGUAAACCUAAGACUGGUGGGCUCCUGGGCGGUGCCGUCUCAUCACUCGGCCUUCUCGGAGAACCACAGGGCCUGAGUUCGUCACACAACCGCUUCGAGGUUGAUGGGUCGCCCACGCGAUCCGACUUGUACUCAACUGGCGACCCCGUAUCUCUCAACUUGGCCUAUUUCGACCAGCUCCUCUCUAUGCCUCUUGGCAAGAACGGCAUUGACAUUCCCGUCAUGACCGCGUUCCGCCUUGACCGCACGAGGCACUCUAUCGCUACAAAUGGUCAUUACUUCUCAGGCCCGCUACAGGCCCUUGCCUUGAACCCCGCCACGUAUCAAUUCACCUACCGUUUCUUCGCCAACCACACUGCCGAGAACCCUGAGGGCUACCUCGAUGCAAAGACGCUUAUGUCAUUCCAGGGUGUUACUGGAGAGAAGGGUAACUAUAAGUGGGCACCUGGACAAGAGAGGAUUCCUGAAAACUGGUACCGCCGCGUCAUUGGUGAUGAUUACAGCAUCCUGUCCUUCACUGCCGAAGCCGUUUCGCUUGAAGUAGCCCACCCCGAACUGAUCCGAAUUGGUGGAAACACCGGCCAGCCAAAUUCCUUCACUGGUGUCGAUAUUGACGACUUGACAGGCAACGUUUUCAAUGCGCAGAUACUUCUUGAGGGAAACAACCUAAUGUGUCUUGCGUUCCAGGCAGCUAGCGAAGGUGCUCCCGAUAUCCUCCGCGGAUUGUUUGGCAACAUCUUAGUUGCUGUGGAAAAGUUGGUCUCUGUUCUAGACCCCAUCAUUGCAGAGCUUGGGUGCCCCGAGCUUGUCAAAUACGACAAAUCACUGUUCAACGUCUUCCCUGGUGCCGGAAGCGCGGUUUAG